AUGUCAACAAUACUUUCGAAUAGUUUAUUCAUCAUUACUUUACUCUUGCUUGUUGUUUCGAAUAGUUACCAAUCAACCAACAACAGCAACUUGACAACCGUUACUUCAUUCUACUACCCACAAUACGAAUGUCUCAAACACACUCCAGUCAACCAAUUCUACUAUCCUUUCAUGUUCACUCUCGAUACUCCCUUCUAUGAUUAUUGUAAAUUGCCAACGAUUGGAAAUGCACCACAAGAUUUCUAUAAGGACUCUCAAUUGAUCAGUUCAUUAUUGGAUGGUUCAUUCUCUUGUGUUGAUUUCCUGUGUUCCAAUGACAAGGAAUGGAACCUUUCGAAUAAGACUCAGCUCACUACACUUGGAGUCAUGUGGAAUUAUUGUUUUUAUUGUAAUACUGAGGGAAGAAAUUCAUCAUCAAUUAAUUCGACAAGUGAAAUAUUUAGAGAAAAACUAAUGUUGGGUCAAUGUGAUGCAUUUUCAAUUGCAAAUUCAUCGUUGAAUUUCUUGGAGAAUUUCAAUCGAGUUUCGAAUAGGCAUUGUAAUGGAGAUAGCUAUGUGGAGAGACGUCAUUUACCAUUCCUUGAAUAUUACUUUUUCCAAACAGAUUACUUUAUCAAUUCGUUUGCUAGAUAUAGAAAGAAUAAUUUCAAUGAAGUUUAUUCUGAUGCAAAGACUUACAUUUCCAAAGUUAAACUUCAAUCCAUUCUCACCUUUUAUUUUAAAGAUUUAUUCGAAAGGUCAACACUUGAUUCAGCCCCUCUCAACAUUCCAGUUUCAUGUUGGUGUGAUUAUGGAUCUAGCUCCAAAACCAUUGGUUUUCAAUGCUACGAUUAUUAUCAGGGAUGGCAAUUAUUAUGUACCUAUAGAAUAUGUGUUGUGAUAUUUACUCUAUUAUAUGGCAGUUGUUCAUUGUUUUAUUCAUUGGUUUUGGUGGUACCGAGAAUUGUGGAGAGAAUUUCCUCAUUCAAACAGAGAAAUGAUAUUAGAUUAAUGGAAACUAAUUGUAAGAAACCUCUCUAUUUCAUUAGACAUUUUUUAGAUAUUGUAACACAACCUCCAAUUUUCUUUACAUUAUCUGCAUUCUUUGGAAUGUUGGAAAACUGUUUCAGAUUUCUAUUUAAUUUUAGUGUUUUUAAUGGAUUUUUCAAUUCUUUCUAUUCGGGAAUUUUUAGAUCGAUUUCAAUUGGUUUGGCAUGUUGUGGAUAUUCUGCAUUGGUUAUUUCAUGGGCUCAUGUGAUUGAUUUGGCAAAGAGAAAGACAUCCUCUGCUCCCUUUUCAAGUCAAUUGUCAAAAUUGAAUGUUGUAAUCUUGACAAUUUGUUACAUUGGCAUGUUAAUAUCAGGAAUUGUGAGUGCAAUCAUUUUGAUUGUUGUGAAGAACUCAUCUACUGGUUAUAUCUUCUUGACAGUUGCUGUACUGAUCUAUCUCUUUACAUUUGUAGUUGGCUUUGCAUUUUAUGGAAUCAAGAUUUUACUUUCCCUCAGAAAAACCUCAGAUACUAGCUCAAUUAUUGAGUAUCGUUUCACCAAAUUCAUUCUAUUAGAAACGGUCUUCUUCCUUAUUGGUUGGAUUGUUUCACUCUUCAUGUUAGUUUCGUACGUGUUUGGUUUCGAUUCGAUGGGACUUUUCUGGGGACUCAAUAGAAAUAUUUUCAUGGAUACCAUGUUGAAUGCAGUUUCCAUUCUCUCAUGUUACAUUACUUUCAAUAGGAAUGCAUUCGAAAUGGUGUAUGGAAAGAAGUUUCUUUCAUUGUGUUCAUGUGAAAAGAAUAAUGAUACUACAAGUGAUAAUAAACAAUAA